AUGAAGGCUAUGAAAUUUAGCGCCCAUGAAGAUCAAGAAGAUGACCGAUUCCCGUUUGAGCUUCUCCCUCAUGAAAUCAAAGAAAUGAUUCUCGAAAGAGUAAUAGAUGAGACAUCGGACAUCGAUGACUUUAAGAAGUUCUGGAGUUUGAAACGCGUUAACAAGGAGUUUAACUCCAUCUUGAGCAGCAACUAUGCUCGUCGCCACUUCCUCAGUUACCCAAUUGCAAUUUUUUUACUGCACAUACACAAUCUUGAGAGCCACGUUUUCAUGCAUAUCACCGUUACAGAUGAAUUCAUAAACGGAAAUCUUCCAAUUCAAUUUUUCAACCCAAAAUCAAUUAGAUUGGAAAUAGAGGAUGAAAUGAAAUGGGAAGAAUUUCCAAGAUACUUAAAAGAUAAACCGUUCAGAAUAGGGUUUUUACAAAUAGGCCCAGAUUGUGAUGUAUCAAAUGCUCAUAUGAUACGGGCUCUAAGAGAAUUGGCCAACCAAACUUCCGAGGCUAUCGAAGAGUUGGUAGAUCAGGCUUCCGAGGUAUGUCGUCUCUUUCUUGAUGAACAGACACAGCGAACUUCUUUGAUUUCAAAAAUAUUUAUCAGCACGAUCGAUAACGUGUCAUGGUGA